AAAAAAAAUAAUAUUAAUAUAAUUAUAAAAAUGGAUCUUAUUACACAAGUUCAAGACAAACUAGACCAUUUGUUAUAUGUUUUUGGUACAUGUAUAGGUGUUUUACAAAGAGAUGCCCCUCCUUCAUCAUUUACACCACAACAACAACCACCUCAAGAGCCAUGGGAAGUUCCACCAAAAAUGGCAAUACAAGUUAUUGAAACAUCAAAACUAAUUGAAUCAUAUAUAGAAAAAUUGCCAGGUUUCGAUAAAACUGAAGACGAACAAUAUGAAGAUUUAAGAAAUUUAAAUAAUGAAUCAAAAGAAAUUUCGGCGCAACAUCAAAUGUCAAGAAAUGAAGCGAUCGAAGUUUUAAAAUUAGUUAAAGACUCAAUUAGGUUUAUAUCAGAGGAAUCUAAAAAAGUUGAAAAAGAGGAAGAAGAGGAAGAAGAUAAAUUAGAAAAGGAAAAAUACGAUAAAAUCACAAAUAAAUAAAAAUAACUGUAAAUAGAUAAAAAUUUUAAUAUUAUUAUAAAUAAAAUUUUGUAUAUAGAUAUAAAUCAUCCAAAUAAACCUUAUUAUACACACAAUU